AGCAACUAAUUCUGGCUUUCAGUCUAGCCAGGAACGAGAAGUGGUGGAUCCACGCGCCCUUAAACGCAAUAAAACUAGUUUUAACUAAUUUAAAAAUUAAAGUAAAUAACAUUUAAAAAAAUGUUCAAUAAAGUAGUACCAGCUCUAGUCAAGUCAAGUUCCGACAAGAUCAAGAGAAUAUGCUUGUCUCAGGGGAGAUUUCGCUCCACGGUCGCAUCCACGCAAGGUGAUGAGGUUGAAGGAGGGAAAGAGAAGCAAGUUGAUGAGUGCACUGUGGUGAAAGCUGUUCAAGCGGACAUCAUCAUCCAAUCAAAAAAUACCACCGAUGCUCAAACACAGAAGAUCGAAAUCGACUUUGACAAUACUCAUGAAGCUUACAAAAGCAAAGAUAACAUUGAGCUGCUUAGAAGUCUGUUGGUCUUCAAGCUUUGCACAUUCGACUUCCUCGUUGACAAGAACAAGAUGUUGAUGGACCUUAGCAAGAAGGUAUUUGGCCAGUGGUUGUUUGAGAGGCUGAUGAAGAUGACGUUCUAUGGACAGUUUGUGGCCGGGGAGGACCACAACUCAAUCAAGCCUCUGAUCCAUAAGAACCAGGCCUUUGGCGUGGGGUCAGUCCUGGAUUACAGUGUGGAGGAGGACCUGACCCAGGAGGAGGCAGAGAAGAAGGAGAUGGAUGCCUGUGUGUCUGAAGCUGAGAAAGAAAGUCCAGGUGUUGAUCACCGUGAGAAGAAGUACAAGGCCCACCGUCAGUUUGGGGACCGUCGUGGGGGCGUGGUCAGUGCCAGGACAUACUUCUAUGCUGAUGAGGCCAAGUGUGACAACCAGAUGGAGACCUUCCUCAACUGCAUAAAAGCCUCAGGGGGGGCCUCUGUAGAUGGAUUUUCUGCCAUUAAGAUGACUGCCCUGGGCCGCCCACAGUUCCUGCUCCAGUUCUCAGAGGUGCUGGUGAAAUGGAGGAGGUUCUUCAACCUGCUGGCAGCACAGCAGGGGAAGUCUGGCAUGGAUGCACUGGAGCAGAAACUGGAACUGGAACAGCUGAAGGAGAGUUUGACUAAGCUGGGGGUUGGAAAUAAAGAUGACAUUGAGAACUGGUUUACUGGAGAGAAACUGGGCUCAUCAGGAACGAUAGACCUUCUGGACUGGAACAGCUUGAUUAAUGACAGAACAUCGAUCUCAAACCUGCUUGUCAUUCCCAAUGUUGAGACUGGUCAGCUGGAGCCUCUGUUGAGGAAGUUCACUGUUGAAGAGGAGAAACAGAUGAAGAGGAUGCUGCAGAGAGUGGAUGUUCUGGCCAAGCAUGCGGUGGAGAACGGGGUGAGGCUGAUGGUGGAUGCUGAGCAGACGUACUUCCAGCCGGCCAUCAGCAGACUGACCCUGGAGAUGCAGAGGAUCUUCAACAGAGAGAAGCCCAUCAUCUUCAACACCUACCAGUGCUAUCUUAAGGAAGCCUAUGACAAUGUGUCUGUGGACGUGGAGCUGUCCCGGCGUGAAGGUUGGUACUUUGGGGCCAAGCUGGUCCGCGGGGCCUACAUGUACCAGGAGAGGAGCAGGGCGGAGGAGAUCGGCUACGAAGACCCCAUUAACCCAGACUACGAGGCCACCAACCGAAUGUACCACAAAUGUUUAGAGUUUGUGUUGGAAGAGAUCGACCACAACAGGAAGGCUAAUGUCAUGGUGGCGUCACACAACGAGGACACUGUGAAAUUCACUCUGGAGAAGAUGAACCAGAUGGGUCUGUCACCCACUGAGAACAAGGUCUAUUUUGGACAGCUGCUCGGAAUGUGUGACCAGAUCAGCUUCCCACUAGGCCAGGCUGGAUUCCCAGUGUACAAAUACGUCCCCUACGGCCCAGUCAACGAGGUCAUCCCCUACCUGUCUCGCCGUGCCCUGGAGAACAGGGGCUUCAUGAAGGGAUCCCAGAGGGAGCGCAGCCUGCUGUGGAAGGAACUCAAACGCAGGCUGCUCAAUGGACAGAUCCUCUACAAGCCUGUGUACUAACUGAGCUGACUGACUGUCUGGCACACCAGCACUCUGCCCCUGUAAUACAUUCCAAUGUCUUAACCAAACCUGCCCUGCGCACAAUGGGGUGAAUACUAACUUCCACUUAAGUUGAAUUUUCACUUAGUCAUGCUCUGAUGUCAAUGGGAGCCUAAAGUGAAACAUUGACUGAAGUGGACGUUAGCAUUCACCCCCAUGGCUUUAGAAUGUACUGUAGGUAGGCUUGUCUAGAACUAAGAUACUCUCCUAAUACCAAAAGGCCCUCUGACUGGCUCUGCCUUUUGAUCUAUUGCUGCCAAAGGUGUCCUUAUUUUAUAUAAGAAUAUCUUAUCCACUGUGGUUUAGCAGCUUAUUCAGUGGCUUAUUGGCCAUUUUUAAAGUUGAGCUUUAUUCUUAAGCUAGCAUGGAAACUGUUUGAUUUGUUAACACUGCUUAUAGAGUCAUAUCAAUAUAACUAGUUGUCGUCAGGAUUUUUCUGAAUUUAUUAUGGCUCCUAUUUAAUGUGUCCAGUGUCUUUGUUCCCUCCAUGUUCAGGAACGGUAUGUUUUGUAAAGAUUUAGUUAUUUAUCAUUUCAUUAAACUGCUUUGAAACCCUU